GAUAGAAGAAUAUGCAUGGGUCUUUGAUUUUAACAUCACUUACGACUAUUUUAAUAUUUCUUACAUGAUAAUAAGCGACUCGUCUGGAGCCACCUCGAAUGGACGACUAGUGGUGCAAUGGAUUCUCUUUGGAUUAUACCUCUUAACAACCGCCAUAGCUGUUCCAGGAAAUUUUGUCAUGGUAUGGCAAUACAGACCUAAAAAGACAUGGAGGAACAAGAACAUUUUCAUCAGCAGCAUUGCCGUCAGUGACCUGGGACUUGCCGUGGUUUCUGUUCCAUUCAAAGUAAUAGGGCAGCAUCUAUAUCAGUCUUGGCCUUUCUUUGACCUGUUGUGUCCAUUUUCAUCGUAUCUCCAUCUGGUUCUUGUCGUUCACCGCUCCCAGUCACUGUUUCUUCUCACUGUUUACAGACAUUACGUGAUAUUCCGAUCACCUCAAAAAGUGUCCCUAGCCAUGCAUGGAAAAAUCGCCUACAUCUUGACUUUGCUGAUAUCCAUUAUUGUUUGUUUACCAGUUGCAAUUUAUUCCAGAGUUGAACAUUUCGAUAUGGCCUUUCAAAGGCGAAUCAAAGUUUGUGUCGAGGAGUGGAACUCCAGUAAAACAAGACUUUAUUAUACCAUUUCAAUCAUGAUUCUCCAAUACAUAAUCCCACUUCUUAUCUUGAGCAUAUCCAACUUCUACAUCGGAUUUCUUGUUUGGGUCCGGAAACCUUUGGGAGAAAACCAUCCUCAAAAAAUCAAAGAAAUGUAUUUAGCUAAACGACGGACGGUGAAGGUUCUGAUUUGCGUGGCGGUUUCCUACGCUAUUUCAUGGCUUCCUCUACACGUUAUCACAAUCAUCGGAAGCAAAGAGCAACAACUAAUGAGCACGGAACACCUUCAGGUGUUGUGGAUGUUCUCCCAUUGGCUGGCCUUUACAAACUGUGCAAUACAUCCUAUGAAUUAUUUCGUUAUGGAUGGUGAAUUUAGAAAGAAAUCCAAGAAAAUACUCUUCAAAUGCAUUUGUUUCAAAGCUCGAAAAUCUCCUUCCGUAACGACUUUUCUUAAACGUGGAAGUGAAAACACUUCCUCGGUGAACACAGGAAGAUCUAGUGUCAGAAGUUGGAAGGAGACAAAAUGUUAAACACUUAUAGAGUAAAUAAAAUGAAAAUACGUGUGUUUACCUUGUUCUGUGUCUUACUCAAUGCAUGGUUUCAUUCAAUAAAACAGACAAAGGUUUCAACUUUAAACGCAAUUGCUA